AUGAGAAUGUCACCUACCAUCAAGACCGAGGCCGUCACACCGCCGACGGCCGGCCGGGACGAGACUGAUGGAUUGACGAGCCGAAUGUCGGGGCUGGAUCUCGACGCCUUCCCCACGCCGCCGACGUUUGGCAAACGGCAGUCGAUGGGAUCGCCGACGAAGGUCAAGUUUGAGAAGAGCUUUGACUGGAAGAGUGUGUUCAACGGCAAGAAAGAGGUCAAGCAUGAGAUCGACGACCCCCAGUCUCAUGCUUCUUGGCCUGCGCCAGUGCAGUAUCCCCAACAGACAGCGCCAUUCCCGGCGCCGGUGGCGAAGAGCUUUGAUUUUUCAAAUUUUGGAAGAGACCAGAGCCCUCAAUUUGAACUUCCUGCCCGUAGUCCUGACCAGCCUCCGUUCCCCAUCCCGCAGCGUUCAACAUCCAAGCACAAUCGCGUCAAGUCCUACUCCGGGGGAACAUUCCACUUCGAAGAAUGCGGCGAACAGGUCAUCACUCCACCUGCUGCCGAGCUUGAAGGGCCGUCACUGGCGCCUCCAUUGGCCUGUCCUUAUCUCAAGCACGACCCCAAGACGUAUGAGGCGGAGGUGCGUGAGCAUCUCAAGUCGCAGAGUCUGUGUGAGGUUCUUGAAGGGGUGUCUGUUGAGGGCUUUGACGAGGUUCAAGAGAAGCAACUGAAGAGCAAGAAGCGCGGAAGGGUUGUGAAGUCCGAACAGGACAAGUGGAGAGAGAUCUACCGGAUACUCUUUCCAGAUAACAGCGAGAUUCCCGAUCCUUUAUACAAUCUUGCCUUUGACGACACAACCCCGACUGGCGCUGCCCAAACAGACCACCAAGAUGCCGGGGCCAUCUUCAAGCAACCAGUUCCGUGCAAAUUGGAGGAAGAAACGUUAUCGCUGAUGGAGGACGCUGUAGGUGGUCAGUUGAACACGAAGAAGAGGAGGAAGAUCAUGGACGUCUGUAAGGAUUUCGCCAUCAAGAUGCUUCGAUCGCCGAGGAAAGGCAAGGGCUCGGCGACAAGAAGUAAAGAACUUGCGAGGAAAGCAACAGUCACAACAAGCCCCGCUUCCCCGGGAAGCUCGCCGGAGUCCAGCCACAGACCACGGACGUCAGAGGCCCCAGGACCCAUGAUGAUGUUGUCCCUGGACGGCACGAUGGAGACGGGGUCUAAGGCAGCGCCCGAGACCGGACUCUCGACAAUGGAUACUCAUUGGACUCUUCCGGAACAGGGCGGGUUCGACAUGGGCCAGGAAUUCGAUUUCAGUGACUGGCCUCUUUGGAACCAAGCGCUUGCGGAGGGAUCAAGCUAUGGCUGGUCCAAUGGUGGAAUGGGGUCCCCGUACAAGAUGACUUUCGAGGACGCGCAAGUGCAUUCGGAUAACCAAGGAUAUGAGGGUGUGCCCUUGAUGAGUCACGACACAAAUACCCAGGGUUCAAGUGCAGUUGUAGGAGUGAACAGUCACUAG